GGAGUGUGGUUCCUCAUUCUGCUUCCCCGUCCUCGUUCCUCGCGAUCCAGAUCUUGCCCUCCUCCAUUCUUCCGACUCGUCCGCCUUCCCAGUUUCCGGCCUUCUUCUUCAGAUCUGUUCCAGAUCUAGAUUUCUCGCAUCUCCCCUGUGGACGAGGAGGAAUCGAACGCGUGCGAUGGAGAAGUCUUCCACCCUCCUGAUCCACUUCGACAAGGGGUCCGCCGCCAUGGCCAACGAGAUCAAGGAAGCUCUCGAGGGAAACGGCGCGGAGGCCAAGAUCGACGCCAUGAAGAAGGCCGUCAUGCUUCUUCUCAAUGGCGAGACCCUUCCCCAGCUCUUCAUCACCAUCGUCCGCUACGUCCUACCCUCCGAGGACCACACCGUCCAGAAGCUGCUCCUCCUCUACCUGGAGAUCAUCGACAAGACCGACGCUCGCGGUCGCGUCCUUCCGGAGAUGAUCCUCAUCUGCCAGAACCUCCGCAACAAUUUGCAACACCCCAAUGAGUACAUCCGUGGCGUCACGCUCCGCUUUCUCUGCCGCCUCUCUGAGCCCGAGAUUCUGGAGCCACUUGUUCCAUCUGUCCUCGCUAACCUCGACCAUCGACACCCCUUUGUCCGACGUCACGCUCUUCUCGCCAUUUCCGCCAUCUAUCGCCUCCCUGGCCAGGCCGGUGAGCAGCUUAUCCCCGACGCCCCAGAGCUUGUCGAGAAGGCGCUCGCCUCGGAGCAGGACCCUUCUGCCCGCCGCAACGCUUUCCUCAUGCUCGCUUCGUGUGCACAGGCCCGUGCCGUCGCCUACCUCCUCUCGCAAACGCACCAUGUCCCUGACUGGGGUGAACUCCACCAGAUGACUGCCCUCGACCUCAUCCGCAAGGUCUGCCGCUCCAAUCCCGCGGAAAAGGGCAAAUACAUCAAGAUCAUCAUUUCUCUCCUGAAUUCUUCCUCAGCUGCAGUUGUCUAUGAAAGCGCUGGUACACUUGUUUCCCUCUCCUCAGCCCCUACUGCUAUCCGGGCUGCAGCAAACACCUAUUGCCAACUCCUCGUUUCGCAGAGCGACAACAACGUGAAGCUCAUUGUGCUUGAUCGGCUCAAUGAGCUCAAGUCAUCGCACAGGGAGAUCAUGGUGGAUUUAAUCAUGGAUGUGCUUCGUGCACUCUCAAGUCCAAAUCUUGAUAUCACUCGCAAGACGCUCGACAUUGCUCUCGAGCUUAUCACAUCUAGGAACGUUGAUGAGGUGGUGCUUUUGCUCAAGAAGGAGGUGGUCAAGACUCAGAGCACCGAGCUCGAGAAGAAUGGGGAGUACCGGCAGAUGCUAGUUCAGGCAAUCCAUUCGUGUGCUAUCAAGUUCCCGGUGGUUGCAAGCACUGUUGUCCAUCUGCUGAUGGAUUUCCUUGGAGAUACAAACGUUGCUUCUGCUACUGAUGUGGUUCUGUUUGUGAGAGAAAUAAUUGAGGGAAACCCGAAACUCAGGGUUUCUAUUAUCACAAGGCUGCUCGACACGUUCUAUCAGAUCCGGGCUGCUAGGGUCAUCUCGUGUGCUCUUUGGAUUAUUGGUGAGUACUGCCUUUCAGUUCCAGAAGUUGAGAGUGGCUUUGAGGUAAUCAAGCAGAGCCUUGGAGAUCUUCCCUUUUACAGUGCCGCUGAAGAGGGGGCAACAGCUGAUGCAUCUAAGAAACCUCUGCAGAUCAACUCCUCUGUCACUGUUUCUUCGAAGCGCCCUAUGGUUCUGGCAGAUGGGACCUAUGCGACACAAAGUGCUGCUUCAGAAAUUGCCUUGUCUGCUCCACCAGUGCUUCCUGGGUCUUCAGGAUCACCUGGAAAUUUGAGAUCAUUGAUCCUAUCUGGUGACUUCUUUGUUGGAGCUGUUGUUUCUUGCACUCUGACUAAGCUGGUUUUGAGAUUGAAGGAGGUCCAUUUCUCCAAGUCUGAAGCAAACAAAGUGUGCACUGGGGCCUUGUUGAUCAUGACUUCAUUGUUACAAUUGGGACUGUCUUCAUUUCUUUCGCACCCUAUUGAUAAUGACUCAUAUGACAGGAUAUUGCUAUGCAUAAGAUUGCUCUGCAACAAAGAUGACAAGGUUCAGAAAAUAUGGCUGCAGUCAUGCCACCAGAGUUUUACAGAAAUGCUAGCAGAGAAACAGUUCCGAGAGGCUGAGGAUAUUAAAGAUAAAGCACAAGUUUCCUAUGCACAGCCCGAUGAUCUUAUUGACUUCUAUCAUCUGAAGAGCAGGAAGGGUAUGAGCCAGCUUGAGUUGGAGGAUGAGGUUCAAGAUGAUUUAAAACGUGCAACUGGAGAAUUUAUGAAGGACGGGGAUGAUGCUAAUAAAUUGAACAGAAUUCUUCAAUUAACUGGAUUCAGUGAUCCUGUAUAUGCUGAGGCAUAUGUCACAGUUCAUCAUUAUGACAUUGUACUCGAUGUCACAGUCAUUAAUCGAACAAAAGACACACUUCAGAAUCUAUGUUUGGAGUUGGCGACCAUGGGAGAUCUGAAGCUUGUUGACCGACCUCAAAACUAUACUCUAGCAUCACAGUCAAGCAAACAAAUACGUGCCAAUAUAAAAGUCUCUUCGACAGAAACUGGAGUCAUUUUUGGUAAUAUUGUGUAUGAAACUUCAAAUGUGCUCGAGAGGAUUGUUGUUGUCCUCAACGACAUCCACAUUGACAUCAUGGAUUACAUAUCUCCUGCCACUUGUGCUGAUACACAAUUUAGGAACAUGUGGGCAGAAUUUGAGUGGGAAAAUAAGGUUGCGGUUAACACAAUAAUACAGCAUGAGAAGGAAUUUUUAGAUCAUAUUAUCAAGUCAACAAACAUGAAGUGCCUCACCCCGCUCUCCGCACUGGACGGGAACUGUGGAUUUCUCGCUGCUAACCUGUAUGCAAAGAGUGUCUUUGGAGAGGAUGCCUUGGUCAACAUAAGCAUCGAGAAGCAGGCCGAUGGCAAAUUGAGUGGCUACAUCAGGAUACGGAGCAAGACACAAGGAAUUGCUCUCAGUUUAGGCGACAAGAUAACCCUCAAACAGAAGAGUGCCAGUUAGUAUUCUGCCCCCAUCUGAUAUUUUCUUGUUCUCUGCAAUCUUUGGUACUACAAUUUUUUCAAACAGGUCUUGCCGGUUGAUUCACUUCCAUUGUUUCUUUUCAAACAUUUAGUGCUAUAUUCCAUUGGUACGAGAAUUUGAUUCUAUGUUUUAUGUAAGAGUUCAUAAUUUUUGUCAAAGAAAGACCCAAAAAGUAAGCCUUGGAUAAGGUGAUGGUUUUCCUAA